AUGCGUGUCGGUGGUGGCGCACGAAACAAUGGCCCCCUCUUGUUAAACGCCUCGGCUGUGCUGCGUGCCUCGAUGCGCUGCCUGUCGCUUUCCGAGUUGGCUAAGGUUUUUGCAGAGAUAAAUGAACCGAGCACGGUACCAGUGCCAACCGGGGCACCCGCCUCUGCUGGCGGGGUGCAGCGGGAGCUGGCGGCCUGUACGCAAAGUGGCACGUUACCCGUCGGUGUACGUGAGUUGAACCGGUUGUUUGGAGCGAAAGGGUCGGGUCUAAAGAAUACCCGUAGUGUUUUGGAUAGUGGGGUCAUCACAUUUGCGCCGGCCUACAGCAAGAGUCUCAGUGGCAUCUCUGCGUCACAGCUUGCCUUAGUGUUGGAAAAGGAGUGUAAACAGCAGCAUCUUGGUCAUAUGAUGCAGUGCCUUGCGGAAGUAUGCCGUCGAUUGCGUGAGGCGUCGUUGAUGGGGGUUGUCAUCACUGAUAAAGAGGCUUGUGGUGAAGUGGGAGGUGACAGUUUGGCCGUUUAUUUAUUCCGCAGCGAUGAGAUUUUGGAGUCCGUGUUGCGUUUGCUGGCCAAGACGAAUCUGGAUGAGGUACAACAGAGCCACAGGCUGUUCUGGGAGUUGCGUGAUGAAGGCGUCAGUGCGGACUGGGUGACGGAGCUUGGAUGCUUGCUCAUACAGUGGCUCACUGCUCGCGCUGCCUUGCUUAGCCCCGUUUGCAGUGCAACAUUUUUGCAUCUUAUUGCGCAACAGAAGGUGUUUCAUUCUGAUGCUGUUUUGGAGACGUUGCGUGAUAACAUCGAGGUGCACUUUGCAAAGGGCGCCGUAACACACACGCAAAGUGCUUCUUCCGCCGUAUUUUCGUCUCACCGUGUUUCUGCUGACAACGAUGUUGAAUUUGAUGUGAGUGUCUUUGCCAUGCUGUUGGACGCGAUGGCUCGGUGGCAGCUCGGGCAUGUGCGGUUUCUUGGGACCGACACGGCGGUGCUGCAGAACCGACUUCACGGGGGUAACAAUGUGAUGGCGACGAUAACGCAGCUGCAACACCCCAUACUCAGUUCAGAUUUUUAUAACGUGGUGGUAGGCAGACUUUUGCUGGGUGUGCGAGACGGCUCGUUGCACCUCACACGCCAUAGAUCUCCGUCAACCUUUUUUUUCUUAGCCUUGGCAUUGGCAAAGAUCCGUUGGUUCCGUCCGGACUGUGCCGAGGUGCUGCUGCCGCAGCUGCACGAAGCCUUGCGUGUGUUUCCCGGACAAUAUCUUGGGGUUGUAUUGCUGCUUGGGCGGCGUGAAGUGAAGGUGUGCAGCGUCGCAACCACCGAGUUACUCUUGCAGACUGUACUCGACACGAUGCAGAAGCGCGGGCAACGUUACAUCCCGGCGGAUGGGCGUAACCGCCACAGCCCCGAUGGUGUUGCCCUUACCACAUCCGUCGUCACCGCGCAAAGCACGGAUGCCUCUUCGAGGAUUUUGGCGUGUUGUGGCCACGAAGGGGAUGCUUCCGUGGCAAUGACCACUCUAGAUAUUAACGCCGACGAAGACGAUUUGCAGCUUUUUUCUGCAUCCUCAUAUGUGGAUUCCGUAUGCGACAAGGAUAUUAUGAAGGUUCCUGAAGACGAGGCAGUUGCGUCUGCGGCUUCUUCCCAAGUCUCGUCUGCUGCGUUUACGACAAGUUUUAUGGAUCUUCGCUCCGUGCCGAUAUUUAUUGAAAGCCUUAAUCACAUUUUGACGAUCACGCUUGAACAUUGCCGUGCGCAGGGGAAAGAGGCUGAGCUACAUGCACUCAAUGCAAAGGCGGAAACUCUUUACGAGGCACUGCUAAAUGACACACACCGUGGAGUGAAGUCGCUUCACACGUUGCAGGAGAGUCCUGCUCUGUCAGAGAAGCUCCUCUCAGCCGUGCUGCGUACACCACGCAAGACGCAUCACCCGCUUCUUAUCGAACUUGCCUACGUCUUUACACGACACGUAGCUGCGCGACGUGCGGCAUCAAAGAAUGGCAGCAAAGGAACCGCUGUCGCCCCACAUUGGCAGUGGCGCACACUAACUCUUGUUGACCUCCUGGUGCAACGCGGCGUUAUCCUGCCAGAGACGUAUUUCAUGACGGACGAGGUUAUUCAGUUGGCUCCUCGUGUACUUUCGGCGGUGGAGGCGGAGAAAGGGCGUCUGUUGGAGCGCCAGCGGCGACAUGAAAAACAAGAUGGAUGGAAAAAGAAGAAAACCGUUCGAACCUCAGCAGUGUUUGUGAAGUUUUCGCGAACCGUAGCACAGAUGAAGCAGCAAAUGUAA